CGAAAAGACCACUGCUAGACCAAAGCAACUGAGAUGACUAAUAAACUUCUUGUUUCUGUUGUUUGGCUAUGUUUUCUGCGACAAGGGAGCACAAGCAAGAAAUUACCUGGAGUUGAGCAGUAUGAAGUAGUUUAUCCACAGAAACUGCACACAAUACAUAAAAGAGAUGCAGGAAGAAACAAUGAGGAGACAAAAUACGAUGACACAAUGGAGUAUGGAAUCAAAGCCAACGGAGAGGAAGUUAUACUUCACCUACAAAAAAAUAAGCAUCUAUUAGCUAGAGACUAUACUGAAACAAUUUACUCAGAUGAUGGUCGACAGAUAACAACAAGCCCUCAGAUCAAGGAUCAUUGUUACUAUGAAGGUUAUAUUCAAAAUGAUGCUGAUUCAAUAGCAAGUAUCAAUGCUUGCAAAGGUUUAAGCGGGUAUUUUGAGACCCAUGGUCAGAAAUACCUUAUUGAACCCUUGGGAACCUCAGACAGAGAAGAACAUGCAGUCUAUGAAUACGAGAAACUUGAAGACAAGUCCAUAAAAACCUGUGGCGUAACCAAUAGUACCUGGGAACUGGAAUCAAAGGACCCCACUGAGAUCUUCAAAACAAGCAGUGAUCCAGAAAUGAAAGCCUAUCUGAAAGCAAAAAAGUAUCUGGAAGUUUACAUAGUUGCAGACAACGCUGUGUAUAAGAAGUAUAAGGAAGAUGUUAAAGCUGUAAGAGAAAGGAUAUUCGGAAUAGUCAACUACAUCAACACGGUUUUCAAGUCCAUAAAUAUCUACGUGGCAUUAAUUGGCCUAGAAAUCUGGACAGAUAACAAUAAAUGCCUCUUGAGUCGUGUGGCGGGUUCCACUCUAGACAGCUUCUCAAAGUGGCGUCGGUCAGAGUUAUUACAGAGGAAGAGAAAUGACAAUGCUCAGCUCAUCACAGGGUUUGACUUUGAGGGCACAACGGUUGGACUAGCCUUUCUAAAAUCCAUAUGCAGUGAUGUAUACUCUGCAGGUAUUAUUCAGGAUCAUAACAGAAAUGAAAUUGCAGUUGGAGCUACCAUGGCACAUGAGAUGGGUCAUAACCUAGGCAUGAGUCAUGACACCAAGGCCUGCACAUGUAAUGCCAAAGUUUGUAUCAUGACAGAUACUGUCAGUUCUAUAAUCCCCCAGAAAUUCAGCUCAUGCAGCCUCCAAGAUUUUGAGAAAUACAUGUUGAAUGACAUGCCAAAAUGCUUAACUAACACCCCAGAUAUAAGUAACAUCGUAGCCCCUCCAAUCUGCGGAAACAGCUUUGUGGAAGAAGGGGAAGAAUGUGACUGUGGAACUCCUCAGGAAUGCACAAAUGCCUGCUGCAACCCUGAGACAUGCAAACUGACCACAGGUUCUCAGUGUGCUCAUGGGGAGUGCUGUGAAAACUGCCAACAUAAAAAACCAGGAGCUGUUUGUCGAGAAGUUAAGCAUGACUGUGACCUGGCUGAGAUGUGCACUGGCUUUUCUGCAAAGUGCCCACCAGACCGGUUCCGUGUGAACGGAUAUCCUUGCAACUACGGCGAAGGUUACUGCUACAUGGGAGGUUGUCCCACCCGGGAAAACCAGUGCAAAGCUUCUUUUGGACCACAGGCUACUGAAGGUGCAGCUUCCUGUUACCGGAUGAAUGAGAAAGGGGUAUAUUAUGGAUACUGCAGAAAAGAAAAAGGUAGUCACUCUCCAUGUAAGAAAAAAGAUAUAAUGUGUGGGAAGUUGUUCUGUGCUGGGGGAAAGGAUAUGCCUCUUUACGGGAACCUGGUGACUUUUGAAUCAUGCAAAGCAAGCUUUCCAAGCCAGGGAGAAGUAGAUCCAGGGAUGAUUCUCAAUGGAACCAAGUGUGGGAAUGGAAUGGUGUGCAGCAAUGGAGAAUGUGUCUACAUUGAAGAUGCCUUCAGAUCCACCAACUGUUCUGCCAAGUGUACCGGACAUGCGGUGUGUGACCAUGAGUUGCAAUGCCAGUGUGAAGAAGGAUGGGCACCACCAAACUGUGACAGCUCGACAGCAGUUACCAGUUUCGCUAUCAUUGCUGGUGUGCUGGUUGUCCUUGCUGUCACAGCAGUAGCAGCAGUGUUACUUAUCCAUUUCCGAGUAUUUAAGAGCUGCCAGAUCAGAAGGAGACAUGGAGCCAGAAACCAAGUCUUUGUGAAUCAAGAACACCCUGCACCAGUGGUAUCUACCCAGAAGAUGAAUGACAAGAAACUUCUCCUUCCUGUACCUCCACCACAGGAAAACAAACCACAGCGUCAGAGUCCUGCCAUAAGGCCAAAAGGUCCCCUGCCUCCCAUCCCAUCUACCAAACCAGCCACUUCUCAAACAGAAGAGAGCUUUGCACCAGAAAGAAAACCUGCUCCUUUCCCAGUUCCCAAAGGCAAACCUCCACCUCCACCAAAGGCUUUAAAACCUCCUGCUAAUCCUAGAGUGUGA